AUGUGUCUUCGCGUGAUCGGCAUUUUUUUGUUACUUUCCCAAUUUACUUUUGGGUUCACAGUGGAGUCUUCUGAAAAUGCUACACUUCCUACUCACACAUCAAACCUUCAGUACGAGAGCAUCCAAUUCUUGAAACGUUCCAAAAAUGAAACCGUGCACCUUAAAUUGAAAUAUGUAAUAAAUGGGCUAACUUCCACUGACGUGAAACUUUCUUGGGCCUUUAAUAAUGAAAGCAUUUCAGUCAGCAACUCUGAAGAUCGCAACAAAAUCUUUGCGCAACGGGAAUUCGAUUCUGGGGGGAACUUGAUAUCCGUCACCCUUAAUCUCAAAGAUGAUGCUGCUCCAAUCCUGCCUGUUUAUUCCAAACCAAAACGCGUGCUACAGGGUGACCCGCUUCGCAUUUCUUGUCGUGUGUCUGGUUAUCCGACCCCUGAUAGCGUUCAGUGGUUGUUCGCUCCCAUCGCUGUUGAGUUAUCUGAUGACAAGGCUGCUAUUUCAGACGCCUCGGCAAAUCUUAGGCCCAUAGACUUGACGGACAAAGAGUGGGAAAAUGCCAAGCUUUAUAAUGAAGACGGCACACCAAAUGAUACACUUCGAUUGAGUGCACCUAACAUCUCUCAGAAUGGCCUUUUUGCCUGCAAUGUCUCUAACAUUCUUGGUACUGACUCCACUUUCCUUCUCGUUGGUGUGAAAGACCGUUGGGCAGCUCUUUGGCCCUUCAUCGGAAUCGUUGUUGAGGUGACCGUCAUUGUUGCCGCCAUUCUACUAUACGAACGCCACCAAAUCCGCAAGAAACCCGCCGCCGCGCCCGCCUCUGAAAACACCGCAAACGCCAACGCCAGCUCACCCAAUGGCAACGCUGCUGACAAGAACCUUAAGCCCGACGAAGUUCGGCUUCGCAAUUCAAGAGCGUAA